AUGGCGAUGUUCGGCUUGCUUCUGGUGCUGGCAAUCGCCCUGCUUUCGGCGUGCACAGAUGCCGUCGCAGGUAAGAAGGAGAAACGUGCUUCGUUGCAGCUGGUCCCGAACUAUGGCGACAACCCGGCCGGCGUGCCCAUGUACGUCUACGUCCCCGACAAUCUCGCCGACAACCCCGGCAUCGUCGUCGCCAUCCACUACUGCACCGGCACCGCGCAAGCCUACUACAGCGGCUCACCUUACGCCACGCUCGCGGAGCGCUACGGCUUCGUCGUCAUCUACCCAAACAGCCCGCACGACGGCACGUGCUGGGACGUCUCCUCGCAGGCAACGCUGACACACAACGGCGGCGGCGACAGCAACUCCAUCGCCAAUAUGGUGACGUGGGCGAUUGACGAGUUCAGCGCGAAUUCCAGCAAAGUCUUCGUGACGGGAUCGAGCUCGGGAGCCAUGAUGACGAACGUCCUCGCCGCAACCUACCCGUCCCUCUUCGCGGCCGGCAUCGCCUACUCGGGCGUGCCCGCGGGGUGCUUCCUCUCGACCGCCAACGCCGUCGACGCGUGGAACAGCACCUGCGCCAACGGGCUAUCCGUCGCCACCCCCACCCAAUGGGCCGACGUCGCCCGCGCCAUGUACCCGACGUACGCGUCGCCGCGGCCGCGCAUGCAGGUCUACCACGGCAGCGCGGACGAACUCCUGAAGCCGCCGAAUUACGCCGAGACGCUGAAGCAGUGGGUGGGCGUGGCGGGGCUGGAUUGGGAUAACCCGUCGAGCAAGGAGGAGGGGCAGCCGGUGGAGGGGUAUUGGCGGACGAGGUGGAACGGGGAGGAUGGGGUGGUGGUGGUGGAGGGCGUGUGGGCGGAGGGCGUGGGGCAUACGGUGCCGAUUAGGGGGGAUGAUGAUAUGGUGUUUUUUGGGCUUGCGGAGUGA